AAAAGUCACGUGUAGUUCAGGAAAGCGGUAGGCGACCGACAGAAUCGGAGAAUAGCACGCUUCUGGCUUCAGAGCUGCAUGCUUGUUGCAUAAAGAUGAAUGAUUCUUGCAACUCCAGUACAACUACAACAACUCCCUUACGGCGAGAUUUGGACAACAAUUUAGAAGCUUUUGAAGUUAUAGAUAUUCUUUCUACUGUUUCUUCGAAGGAUCUGUCUCGAUCACCACCAGUUUUGCCAAAAGAGGGUGAACUGUACGUUUUUCAUCUAGGUGAAGACUCUCAGCUCAGGAAUAAGAAUAAGAGAAAGUUUAGAUGUGAUCAGUACCGCUGGGUGAACAAGGGUGUUUUUGCUGUGAAGUGUAGUAAUGGUUUAGAGCUUACUAAAAGGUCCAAUUACAUUGACAGAGCUGAUCUUCCUCGAAAUAAGGGUGAUGAAAGAUUUAGAAGAUGGGAGUUCUGGGGUUAUAAAAAUCUUUUUGUUUUGCACUACACCGGUGAUCAUUCCGUAUUUAGCCCAUUUGCACAUCGUAGUGCUAAGCUUAGUGAAGUAUCUAGACCUUUUAUAAGGUCGGCACCAUUUGUGAAAGAAAAGGUGUGUGAGAGUAACCCUUUGAAAUCAAAUAAAGAGAUAUACAGAGAUAUUAUCAAUUCAGAUGAAGGAGGUCCCAGGCACUGUAUUGAAACCCCUCGUAAUAUUGAACAGGUUAAGAACUUUAGGGACACUCAGAGUAGAUCACAGCGGAUUUCACAUGAUGCAUUGUUCAAUUUAUAUCAGCUGUCUUUUAAUUUAAAAUUCCCAGAUCGUAGAGGAGAAGCAAAAGAUUUUGUCUCAUAUCUCGCUUUACAUCCAAGGAUAUUGGUUCAUCUUCUUCCUCAUCCCAUUCUUGAGUCUUUGGAGCAGCUAGUAAAAAUACAAAAUAAACCCACUCUGCUUCACUAUGACACAGCAUUUAAUGUGGGAGAUUAUUAUCUUUCAAUAUUGUCAUUUCGACACGCAUUGUUCCAUGAAGAACCAAUCAUUCCUUGUGGUUUCCUGAUUCAUUCUAGAAGAUAUCAAAAUGAUCAUAAGGAUUUUUUGGAGGUGAUUACUGCCACAAUUCGUCCACUUCAGACAAAGCAGAUCAACUUUGUUAGUGAUAGAGAAUUUAAAUUUUCUUCGAUUUUUCCAGUUGGCUUUCAACUCCAUUGUUGGAUUCAUUUUCACAAUGAUAUACAUUGGUAUUUGAGAAAUAAUACUGAGUGCACUCCGGAAGAGUCUAACAUAAUUUUGAAUGGGUUUAGAGAUCUAAUGUUGAGUGUAACAGAAGGAGAAAUGGAUGAAGAAUGGAAAGAAAUGAAAGAAAGUGCUGUUGUGAGAAAGUAUGAUAAAGUUUGUCAAUACUUGGAGAAUAAUAUAAUACCAUCCUUUAAGUCUCAUGCUGCCAUUUGGACACUCAAGCUUGCUGGAAUUUCAAAUGCAGAAAAUGGUCUCACCAACCAUGCAUCAGAAUCUAUGAAUGCUGUUAUUCGUAGAUUGCAACAAUGGAAGCAAGUACCGGUUGACGUUAUAGUAACAUCACUUCAUCACUUAUGCAUUUAUUAUCGUUGCGAGAUUGAGAGAUCUGUUCAUCAAUGUGGGCAAUGGAGAGUAAAAGAUGAGUUUAGCUACUUGAAAAGAGAACCAUCAUUACUACCUUAUAUGGAAGUAGCACCAAGUCCUGAGGACAUAGUAGAAGCAGUUCGAAAGGGCAUUGCUGUUGGUAUUGACAUUGAUGGUGCUGAAUCUUUUCCGGCUGAGUCUGUUCCUGCUAAUAGUGAUGUUAUGUUAGCCCGUAGUGCAUUAGCAAAUCAACGAGUAAAACUCGUCGAUGAUGGUGCUUGGAUAGUCACAAAUGGUGACCGCGUUACAUCUUGUGCUGUCAGGCUCUUUCCCAAAGAAACCUGUUCUUGUUCUUGCACCAGGACAUGUUAUCACAUAAUAGCGUGUCGUUUGAUGUUGGGCUUACCACUUGAAGUGCAGGGAAAAGGAAACAUGUCAGAAAUGAGACGGAAAGAGCGCCAAAAAAGAGAGAGGCCAGCUGGAAGGAAAAAACCACGAAGAGCAGAUUAUGCUGAUGCUGGAAAUCCAAAUAAGAAAAGUAAGACUGCUCAACAUGAUAAUAAAGAAGAUUCUAUUUUAGCAAAUGAAUGUGACAGUCAUAUAGCCACAUGCAAUGAUGAAAUUGUUGCUCCUACUAAUAAUAGCACUACCUCUACUGUACCAAUGUCACCAUUAUUGAAUACUGAUAAUGCUAGUCAAGAUGCACCUGUCAGCUGCAAUAGCAGUUAUUUGUCUCUACUUUUAUCUACAAAACAAGUAAAUGUGAAGAUCAGCAGAAUGUUACUCAAUAUACAUGGCAAUGUUAUUCAUUGGUCUCAAUAUCUGACCCUUCUGAAUGAUAGAUAUCCUGGUGUUCUUGUAGCAAAUUAUGUUUGCAAUGCAUCUUUUGAACAUGAAAUUUCACAUCUUAAUGAGAGACAGGUUGCAGUAAUACAAACGAUUAGAUCUAAGCAAGCAGCAAUAUUGAUGAGGUCAGCUGACAAUAAAUGGAAGCCUACUGUUGAAAUUAUUUCAACAUAUCAAACACCAGACACAGCUGAACUAGAGUAUCAUGCUGGAGUAAUGCUGCGAAGAAACAUAUCAUAUGAUGGUUUUUCUUUCUUUGCGAAGCACACUGGAGUACAAUUUUUAUUGGAGGAGGAAGAGGAGGAGUAUAGCCAUGAUGUUUUGCUAGCUGCAUUACUCUACUACAUUUGUACAAAAGGAAGCAUUAACAUAGAUCGAGUGAGAUUUGAUAAUGAAUCUAUUUGUAAUGAGGUAGCUCACCUGGUUUCGACACAUUCUCAUGACAGUUUAUCUUAUGAAUUUGUUAACGAUCCAUUCUGUGAAGAAAGUAUAGACUCAAUAAUGCUACACUGUUUGUGUAAAUGUCCCUGGAUAGAUGGAUCAACAGCGCAAGCUAUAUUUAAUACCACUAUUCGUAAGAAAUUUAAUAUGCAUUGUUGUUGCCGAUGUAGUACCUGGUAUCAUCUCUAUUGUCUUGAACAGUGCAAAGUAAAGCUUCCUAAGCGUACUGAAGACUAUAUUUGCCCAACUUGUUACAUUCCACCAGUUUUAGAAUGGAAACAUCCCAAAUACACAAAUACAUGUACCUCAGACAAUAUCCUUACCAUAAUGAUGAUGUACUGUCACCAGAAUAGGCAAUUUCUCAGUUACUUUAAAUCUUCUGAUGGAGAAAAUGCACUAAAAUCUGGUCUGUUGGCAAUGUUAAGUGGGAAAUUAAUUCAAGGAAAAUCUAUCGUACUUGAUUGGGUCCAUUCACAGCGUAACCUCCCUCUCACUCGGGAUGGGACUUUAAACUGUCAUGGAACAGAAUUUGAUAUGUUUUUGUCUAUGUUUUGUCAUGUGUGGAGACUUCAUCAGGAAAGACGAUGUGACUCUAAGUUUUGUCCUUCACCUGAUUCAGAAAGGAAUUUAUGUAAUUUUUCAUUAGAUACAGUCUUUGAAUCAGAUUAUUCAUAUUAUAGCCAGAUGUACAGCACAUUCCCAAAACCUGGGGACAAAAUUCAAGGGUAUUGUGGAUCAGAAUUUUCUUUAAAACCUCCAUCAGUAGCACCACAGGCCUACAAUUAUAGGGAAGAUGUAUCAGGAAAUGAAAGAGAAUACUUUUAUGAAUGCAGAGGAACACCUUCUAUUACUAGAUCCUUUUUCACAACUAGUACCUCUCCGUGGAUAAUUCCUUUUGAUAUCUCUGCAAUAAAAGGUUAUCAAGACCUUAUGAUGUUAAGAACUACCGCCACAAUGGAUAUUGAUAUUUACAACACUCGAUAUUGCUUUGGGGGAUUCACUAUGGUAAAAAAUAACCACCUGACAGCUGCAAUAAUGUGGAAAGGAGAUCUUUACUAUUAUGAUGGCAUUAAGAAUUCUCAAGAUGACAGAUUUCGACGCUUGGAAGACCAAGACUUUUUUGAUCAGGAAGGAUCUACUUUGAUAUAUAUACCUCAAACAGUGAACUUAUCAUAGUAGUAAUUUUUGAACUAACAGUCAGACUAUAAUGAUUGAGUUUAUAACUAAAAAUUAAUCAGAACUAAUUAUAACCUUAUUAUAAUAAUUAAUUAUAAGA